CCCCCCCCCCCCCGCCGCCGCCGCCAUCUUGUCGCCCGUCGCCGGGCCGGGACCGGGGCCGUGCCCGAGGGGUGAGCGCAGAGCGGGAGCGGGGCUCUCCUCAGCGGUACCAUGUUUUUAACAACAGUAUUGCUCCGGAAGAGAAUUCCUGGAAAACAAUGGAUUGGAAAAUACAGGCGACCAAGAGUGGUUACCCUCUCAAUGAAGCAGGCAAUGAUCCGAAGGUUGGAAAUUGAAGCAGAGAAUGAGUACUGGCUGAGUCGACCUUACCUGACACGGGAACAAGAAUACAAUCAUAACAGAGAAGGGAGACGUGCAAAAUGGGAAACUCUCAAAAGCACGAUGACAUCUAAGUUCCCUGAGCAUAGAUACAUGAGCGAUCACUUGAACCACUUAAAUGUCUCAAAGAAAUGGACAUCUUGAAUAACAGGGUGUACUUGUAUUUGGCAGCUGUUGUGCACUGCCCCAAAAUAUGUUGUUGUAUCUGUUAUGGUAGCUUUGUAAUACAGUGUAAUAUGGGCAGAUAAGUGACACUUUGCUAUGGUACACAAAAAUCUUACAUUAAAAGUAAUCCUACAGAACA